AUGCCCGACAACGUACCCGCUGCCCGAGCAGGGCAGCCUGCCGCCCAGCAGGAGGAGAGCGGCGCCCGGAAGUUCUUCGGUAUCGUUCAGCAAGUCUUCCUGGUGUGGGCCGUAACGCAAGUCGCAACCAAGUACAUCGUCCCGAAAUUCGCCCCUGCCCCCACAUCCCAGCCCUCCUCCCCCGCAUCCCCGUCUUCCCCAGUCGGCACAGACGCCGACCUGCCCGCGUACCAAGGCACCGAGCCCCCCGUCGCGGCCCCCGACAUCCCGCAGGCGCAGGUGAACCCGUUCCUGCUCCCGCCGGAACAGGCGCGGCUCGCAUGGGCGCUGCACCAGCCGGUCGACAUGCACGUCUACCUCUCCACGUCGCCGAACGGGGACGUGUUCUCGCGCCAGUGGACGUCGGGCUGGCGCAAGGACGCGGACGCGGGGCUGCCGAGUUUUGUGUGGGAGAAUAUAUCGUUUGGGGAGUGGAAGGAGGAGAGGGCGGUGGAUCUGGAGGUGGAGCUGCCGGAGAGUGUGCAGCGCAAUGCGUCGUUGUGGGCGGAUGUGUUCUUGACGAUGCAGGGUGCCAGCCCGGACCCGCGCAGCGAGACGUUCAAUCCUCAUUCGGUUCACCACGUUCGGAAACUUCUUACUCGCUACCUGCCAAAGGCCAAGAUUCGCAAGGAGAGGAGCCUUCUCGGCGGACCCAAGGGCGAGGAAGAGGAGGAGGAAGAGGAGCCCCAGGACAUCAUCGUCUCGCACUGGUACUCGAACCUAACCUUGGCUCUCAUAUCCGACGAAACAGUCGUGCCAUACAAGCAGCUCCCGCCCGUCGUCCACCAACACGUCCACCUCGUCCCCGGCGCGCGCGACACGACCGGGAAGAUCGGGUACUACAAGCCGAUCAUCUUCCCGAACGACUUCUGGCUGCUCAAGGCGAACAUGAUCGAGAUCAACGGGACGACGCCGACCCUGCCGCUGCGCGUGACGUUCCAGCCGAUGUCGUACUUCAAGUUCCAGCUGUUCGCGAGCAUGACGCACGGGUUCGACGAGGCGGCGAAGCAGCAGGGCGGGGGCGCGAAUGCGAAUGCGGAGAUGGAUGAGAUUAAAAGGAUGCUGGUUGAGACGAAUCCGUGGUUUUUGGGGUUGACGGGGCUGGUUAGCUUGUUGCAUGUGCUGUUCGAGAUGUUGGCGUUCAAAUCGGAUGUUUCGCAUUGGCGCCAGCAGAAGGAGCUGGUGGAGUUAACCUUGUUGUCUCACAGGACGAUCGUCACGAACGUCUUCGUGCAAGCCGUUGUGCUGCUCUACCUCAUCGAUAACAACACGGACACGAGCUGGAUGAUCCUGCUGGGCUCCGGGAUGGGUGUCCUCAUCGAGGCUUGGAAGAUCACCAAGGCGGUUGACAUCAGCAUCGGCGCUGCGCCCCCGGGAUCGACGCUGCCGUACAAGCUUGAAAUCAAGGAUAAACACGUUCUCAGCGAGGAUGAGAAGAAGACGCAGGAGUACGACAAGCUGGCGUUCCGCUACGUCUCCUGGGUCGCGAUACCGCUCCUGGCCGCCUACACCGUGUACUCGCUCAUUUACGAGACGCAUCGGGGCUGGUACAGCUUCGUGAUCUCGACGUUGACUUCGUUUGUGUACAUGUUUGGCUUUGCGCAGCUCGUACCUCAGCUCAUCAUUAAUUAUAAGCUCAAGAGCGUCGCACAUAUGCCGAUGAAGGCGAUGAUCUAUAAGACGCUGUCGACGGUUAUCGACGACCUGUUUGCGUUCUGCAUUAAGAUGCCGUUCCUACACCGACUCGCGUGCUUCCGUGACGACGUCGUGUUUCUUGUUUUCCUUUACCAGCGCUGGAUAUACCGCAUCGACCCGAAACGCGUGAACGAGUAUGGUCAGGUGAUGGCUGAAGAUACGGCGAAGGCGGAGAAGGCGGGUGGCAACGGGGAGACGAAGAAGGACAAGUGAUUGUUUGUCUGGGUGAUACGUAGGUGUUCUGCUGUGGACGAGGCGGCGCAGGGGGUCAACAAUAGGCUGCAUCUCGGAUUUCCAUGGGCCUUAUUUGUUCUCUGUUCUUCUGCGUGCGAGUGCUGGUACGCGCACUAAGUCCCAGGGCUUUGGUGUGCGAGCGCGGUGUUUCCGGAGAUCGUCGUGUGUGGCAUUGGGCAUGUUCUGUAGAAGCUGUGUGCGUCAUAGGGUAUAAUAUAUUUGGACCAGGG